AUGGCCGAGUGCUUGGACGUAGAAAUGUCAGAGGCGUCUUUUCCUCUCGAGGGGGACCUGACCUGUCCGAUUUGUCGGGGGAUCUUCCGCGACCCGGUUCUCCUGCCGUGCUCCCACAGCUUCUGCCGGGAGUGCGUCGACAGGAGCAGGCAGCACACUAGGAAGUGUCCCGUCUGCCGGGCGCCGUGCGAGGCGGAGCAGCUCAUCGCCAACCGCGCACUCGGCGACGCGUGCGAGUCUUUCGUGAAGGAGAAGAGCUGGAGGCCCCAGCCAAAACCUCUGGACGAGGACCACUGCCAGAUCCACCGUCUGCCCCUCCAGCUCUACUGCGUGAAAGACGAGCACCCCGUCUGUGUUGAAUGUGUGUUAAUGCACCCGGGACACGAGCUGCUCCCCCUGAUUAAGGGGACGACAUACUGCAAGAAGGAACUGGACUUCAAACUCAAGAUUUGUGAAGAAAAGCUGGACUUGUACAAGCACACCAAGCGUAAAUUCAAGAGCACUGUUGAAUUCAUCAAGGACCAGGCCAAACAGGCGGAGAUUGUGGUUAAGGCAGAGUUUGAAAGGCUCCACAAAGUGCUUGUCGCAGAAGAAGUUGUCCGUCUGAAAGCCCUGGCCGAUGAGGAGAAGAAGAAGAUUACUGCCAUGGAAGAAAAAAUAUCCAGUAUAACCGAGGAAAUGUCCCAUUUGGCGUCCCUCAUUCAGACUGUCAAGAGGCAGAUGGGUAGUGAGGAUAUAGCCUUUCUACAGAACUUCCAAAACUUAAAAAGAAAGGCUCAGUGGACUGCUGAUGACCCCGAAUACCCUAAAGAUUGUCUCCUGAGCGUGGGCAGACACGUCGGCUCUCUUAGCUACAACAUAUGGAAGAACAUGCAAGCCUACGUCAAAUGUAACCCAGUGGUGUUGAACCCCAACACAGCCUCCCCCUGGCUGUCUUUGAAUCCUGAGUUGACCAGCAUAAAAGAAAGCCUAGAGCGGCAGGCGUUCCCCGACAACCCAGAGCGCUUUGACCCUUGCGUCUUUCUCCUGGGCAGCGAGGGCUUCUCCGCUGGCAAGCACCGAUGGGACGUAAUUGUUGGGGACAACCCCAAGUGGAUAAUAGGGGUGUGCAAAGAGUCUGUGGUCCGUAAGAAGAAGUUUACAGUGUCCACAGACCGUGGCGUGUGGUCCAUAGGUCUGAGCAAAGGGGCGUACAAUGUCCUGACCCCCAAGCGUACGAAGGUGGAAGUAGAGAGCCGUCCAGACAGGAUCCGGGUCAAACUAGAUAUGGAUAAGGGAGAGGUGUCAUUUUGGAAUGCUGAAACAUCAAAACACUUGUGUACCUUAACUCACAAGUUUAAAGAGAAAAUAUUCCCAUUGUUUGGACCUGGGCUCCACAGUACACCUAUGGUUCUGGCCCCAGCAAAAAUGACAAUAUACACCUCAUGAGUAGGCCAUAUAGUUGACUAAAGGCUUUAUAUUCUUUCCCGCAGGUAAUACACUGCAUAAAUUCCUGUGCCUAAAUGAUAUUUUGGUUGUAGUUAUAUUUUAUGUUUUUAAAUACAUAUGAUGUGAAAUGUUUUGAUCUGAAGGUAUUUUUUCAUUAGCAAUCAGUUUGAGAAAGUCUAAAUUUAUGGCCAUAUAAAGUAUACUUUUUUUUUUCAUUAUUUUACUGCGAUAUUACUCAUUUGGUUCAAUCGCCAUUUUUCCGAAACAUGUUGAUGAUUAAGUAAACUGUCCGGGUAUGGGAGUUUUGUGUCAGGAAUGAAUUCAAACUUCCAUAUUUUUAUGACAUAUAACACUACAUAUUUCUGUCCGUUAUUGUCUACUUUGAUCCUUAGCUCUAACAUGAAUUACAGUCCAGUACUGAUACACUUACCUUUAUCACCCUGUGCUUUUUCUUCUGAUACGAGCUAGGACUUAUUUACAAUUACAAAUACAAUUACCCACAGAACAGAAUAAUUAUGUCCAGCAAUUGAAAUAAGGUUAGUCUCUUAAACAGCUGUUUGCGAAGCAAUCCAAUUCUAUUUUGCUUUGCGUGUACUUUGUACCGCAUGACUUGAUUAGUUUAGAUGUCAAGUUAAGUUGUUAAGAUGUCAAGUUUCCUAUUAUCAGUUUAUUCACUAACUCCAUCCAACAGUUUUUCUCUGACUGGUCCACGGAGCUGAUCGGCGCGUUUCACGUCAUUUGUUAUUUGGUUGGUUUGUUUUCAUCCAUCUUUUUAAUUGUAAAGCGCUUUGAGUGUCUGUUGCAGUUAAAAAAGCGCCAUAUAAAAUGCAACUUGAUUGAUUGAUUAAUUUAUUGAUUAAAGUUCAUCUAUGAA